AUGUGGAUGUUAGCAAUUACAAAAUGGCCAACUUUUAAUUAAGCAUUUAUAUAGUACUGGUUUAUCCUUAUCAUUAAUAUCAAUCUUUCCCUAUAUGUUUCCUUUAUGUUAGAUACAAUUUUUGAAUAUAACAACUCAAAAGGAUAUGGGUUGUACCAUUUUAUAUGGAUCUUGAUAAUGUUAUUUUUUACUUAAUUGAAAAUUUCAGAAGUGUAAAUGAAAUCCCGGUUAUUUUAGAACAUAAUUAAUGAAUAAACCUUACUGACUAAAAUAUAAUCAUUCGAAUAAAUGAUUUCAAGAAGAGAUAAGCAAUCGAAUAUUGUUCUAGUCUUGGGAAUUGUUAGAUCACAUCAAAAUUCGAAUUGCAAGAAUAAUUUAAUUAAGUAAGAUCUCAAGAGGUGUUAUUGUACUAUGAAAAUGAUUUAUGACCCAAAAAAAUAGAAUGACAUUAGAAAUCUAUCCUCAUCCAUCACUAAGCAUAUCAAUAUCUUCUCUAAACUUGUUAUAAAAUCUUGGUAUGAAUAAUACAUAAAUGAAAAUUAAAGUAAUUAUUCCAUUCGAUUGCAAUACUCCUAAUAUUUAUUUUAUAAAAUAGACUUAUAUGCCCAAUCAUUAAUUGAAUUAAAUAAACUGAAUACUUAAUUGAAGUCUUUCAGUGAUUAAUUAUAAUUUUGUAAUUUGUCCUUAAAAAUUAAAUAAAAAAUAGACAUAUUAUGCAUGUAGAGUUAUAAAUAAAAGUUUGAUUUUGAAGUUGUUGUGGCAAUCGAAGAAUCCAUUAAAAGGAUUUAGAAAUCAAUUAUUUAUAUUCUGGACAUGCAAAUUAAAAUGUUUAAAUCCAUAAUUAAGUAUCAUGAUAUUAACGAACAAUUGUUGAUUAAAGAUUUUGAUUAAACCCUGAAUAAAAUUUAGGAAAUAAAAAUUAAUUGGAAAGACAUAACUAGAAGGCAAAUUAUUUAGAAUGACAAAGUCUAAUCGAAAUCCUUCCUAAAUCGAAAAAAAGAAUUUGCCAUUCUUUAUAAUUGGUUUCGGUAGAAUAUAUUAAAGAAGAGAGUCAAACAAUCGAUAUUACCUAUAGAAGCUGAUGAAUUUAUAUAAGAAGAAUCAGACUCAGAUAGUGAGAACGAUCACUUUUAUGAUCAAUAGAAAAUAUUUAAUCUGUUAUCUGGAAUAAUUCAUUGUAACACAAAUGGAGAAAUCCUAAAGUUUAGUUAAAAUUGUUAAACUCUAUAUGGAUAGCAAUAGUUGAAAUCUAUAUUUGAAUUGAUUCCUCAUUCAAUGCAAAGGAAUCAUCAAAUAGCUAUGAGACAAUUUAUCGAGAACGGCAAGAGAAGAAGUCUGUUUAAAAAAUUAAAGAUAUUUUAUAUCAAUGAAACAUCAAAUAUAGUUUAGGCUAAUAAAUAUCUAAAAUGUAUUUUAAACUAAAAAAUGAGUAUAGAGUAUGUAUGUAUGAUAAGACCAAUAAUUAAAUUGACUCCAACUAAUUUUAUAUUGUUGAAUGAAAACUGGGAAAUAGAUUCUACAACGAUUCAAAUAGAGAAAUUAUUCUAAAAAUAGAGUUGCCUAUUAAUUUAAUGUCCCAAAUUAUUAAGAUAUUCUCAUUACCAAGCGCUAAUGAAGGACAAUGAUUAUGAUUUCUUUUAAUUGAGGAUAUCACAAAACUAAAAAUAAUAUAUUUAAGAACUAACAUAAUAUGUCUAAAGUUAAUAAAACAUAUCUGUGUCUCAUCAAACCAGAAGAUAUACGAAUAGACGAGGCGAUAAUUUUAAGUAUUUGCUAGAUCAAGCCCUUGUCGAUGAGAAUGUAAGUAAUGGGUAUGAAUUCAGUAAAAACAACGUGAAAUUCCGCAAAAUAAUAGAUGAAAAUAAUAUCACUUUACAUAUAAGGAUUCCAUUGGAUGAAAAAUAACUCAAUGAGGAUUAUUCAGAAUUUAUAAGAUCACUUAAUCAGGAUGAUUAAAUGACAAAAUCAAUGAGAAUAUAGAGAUUAAGGAAGAUAGUAAUCAGGAAUGAAUAUGGCUUACUUAGAUUUAAUAAAUAUGAAUUAUUGAGAAGGAUAAUGAAAUACAAAUUAUUGUCUUAGAAGAAAUAUUACCAUCAAAUAAAAAAGCUUUUUGAAGAAUACUGUUCCAAUACAAAUAACCUGAAUAAAGUGCUUAAAAUCGAAGGUUCCAUUCUCUUCACUACCUAGUCAUCUUUUGACAAAACUAUUAUUAUCAAGGUUAAUAGAUUUGAAUUUUACGAGCAGGAAGCUAAAAAAUACACUAGUUCAAGUCAAUCUGAGAGAAAGCGAACUACAUCGUCAUAAUCCACUUAAUUUAUAUUAAGAAGAAAUUCAGAUAUCUAUUUUUAGAACUUCUUUUAGAAUCAAUAAAAUAAUAUAUAGACCUUGCCUUAAGAUAAUGACUGUGAUUCAAUCAGGGAUAACAUUACCAAGACAUUGAUUACUGAAAAUGAAUUAUAAGUUGAUUUUUCAAACCAAAAAGCUAUAUCAGAUGAUGGAUUCUCUAAACAGAAUUGGUUAAUAAAAAAUGAAUUCAUUAAGGAUGAUUUAAAUAAGAUUCCAAAAAUGUUAGAAGAACUAACUUAUAUUAAAUUAUUGAAUCGUUUUUUAUUAAUCAGUUUACUAAUUUUAAUAAUAACUGAAUAUGUUUUUGGACCUUAACUUUAUAUAAGUUCAAUUAUUUAGAAUUCAUUUAACAAGGUCGAAUUAGUUACAUCAUUUGUUUAAAUCAUAUCUAAAACCUAUAAUUCAAUUAUUGACUUAGAUCUAUCUCUAAAAGACAUUCACAUGGCUAAUCUGACACAGAUAAGUAAGCUUGCCCAAAGCUCUGUCUCAUAACUCAACGAAUUGACCCUAGAAACUUAAGAUUUCAUUUCAAUUUUCACUCAAAAUACAGAUUUUAAUGAAAAUAUCUCCACACUUGAUUUAAUAGGAACUUUUAGAGCAAAUGUUAAUAACUUUUUACAGGUUACAUUAAAUGUUGAUCCAAUUACUCUAAAUGAGACAAUCUCUUUCUAUAGAACUAACUUAAUACCCUACUUUUAUGUGACUUUGAACAAAUCUAUGGAAAAUAUUAACUAAGCCUUAGAAGCUAAUUUAGAAUAUAUUAAAGGGAUUUUCUAGGCAUUCCUACUCUUUAUCUCAUUAUUUAAUGGUACUAUUAUAUUUUCAAAUAUAAUGUUUCUCUUUUAAAUGAUCAAAAAAAUUAAAUUAUUACUGAGUUCAUUUUCUAUGAUAAACAAAUAACAAUUUGUUUUGAUAUAUAAAUACUAGAUAUCUUUGAGACAAUAACUGAGAUUCUUAAACAUCACCAAUUUAAAUGGUAAAAUUGAUUUCAAUGACUUAGCUACGCAAAAUCAAAUAGAAAACCUUAUGCAACGAGAGAAUUUGGAAGUUGAACAGGAUAAGGACUAUUCAACUACCAAAUACACUGAGUCAUAACAUUGGAUUAGGCUAACAAUAAAAGUGUUACUCUCUUAUAUCAGUAUAAUGACGAUGCUUUUAAUAAUGGGAAUAUAUUAUAACUUCUACCUGCAAUCAAUUAUUGAUGGAAUAUCAUUAUUCAUGUAGACUAAUGCUUUUACUUAAAACCUACUCCCCUUUUGGGCAGUUGUUGCAAUAAAGGAUGCUUACUGUUUUUAAUAGCGCUAUUAAAAUGAAAUUAAUUUAACUCAGUAUCUUGAACUAAUUAAUCAAUUUUAAUCAAUGUAGAUAACCAAAUCAGUUUAUAAUAACAAUUUAUAAUCUGUUCAAUCUCUAUUUUAUGGAGAUCAAUGCUAAAAUGGAAACUUAAAUUUAUCAUCGUAUGAAACAUAGUAAUGUUAAUACUUGGUAAAUGGAGCAUUAACCAAAGGAUUGAUUGUUUAUUAUGAUUAUUUAUAUUAGAUAUCAAUAUCUUUGACAAAUUCAAGUGAUACGAGAUUUGAGAAGGUAUCAUUAGAAAGGUUAAUGGAAUUCAGUGAAGUAAGCAUUAAAUAUAUUGGAUAGUUGUAAGGCAUAUUGUUUUCGCUGCAAAAUUUCGCAGUAAUUGAAUUUAAUAAGGAAAUCAAUUCUAGAUUAAGUGAUUACAUCUAAGUAGAGAAAGCAUUAGUGAUUGUCUUCAUUUCGUUAACUUGUUUGUUUUACUAUUUAAUAAUUGAAAGUUAUUUCCACAAUAUGAUGGAUUCUUAAUACAGAAAGUUUAGAUAGUUUUAUGAUCAAAACUAUCCGAAUAGCAUUUUGCAUUAGAAUAAGACUUUAAGAGCUAGAUUCAAAAAGUACGGAAUUUUAAAGAAGUGA